GGUGCUUAAACCCUGACCAUAAGGAGUUUAAAUUCAGAAGUCAUCAGAAGUCAGAGAGAGAGAGAGAGAGACAAUAUGGAUCAUACAAACUGGAUUACAUACUAACCAACUGAAUGCUGGAGCUUUUGAGGACAUCUCUCUCCAUGCCUGUUCCUGGGUGAUAUCUGAUACCACGUAUCACGCUUCUUUCCCCACCCCAAGAUGAGGAUGCACAAGGGGGAAGAACCAUUGUGGCUCCUUGGAGUGGACGAGGCUUAAACCUUGACCAUGAGGAGUUUAAAUUCCAACACCAGAAGUCAUACUCUGCAUAUGUGUGCAUCAGUGUGUGUGUGUGUGUGCGUGCAUGGAUCAUACAAACUGGAUUACAUACUAACCAACUGAAUGCUGGAGCCUUUGAGGGCAUCUGGACAGUCAGAAUCUACCUCAUGAGAAUCUCAUCACUGCAGAACCAGGGGAGAAUGAGAUCAUCUAUCCCGAUGCAAGCAUACGCUCAGACGCCACCUGUUGGACUUCAACUGCACGCUCCACAACAGACUUCCUGUAACAGGGUGCCUAGCCCUACAGCGCAGGGGCUAUUAUUAUAUUACGCACAACAAAGUGUGUCAAAUCAACAAAACAAUCAUCAAAGUAAUCAACAGUCUCAUGUGUUAUGGAACGGCCAGUCUUCCUCCCAGCCUGUUUCAAGUUCAUGUAAUUUGCAGUCGAGACCUAGGCCUCAAACGUGGUUUACCGACUCGCAGAAUGGGUUGCUUCUCAGAAGUUCAACUUGUGUGGGAAGUUCUUUACCAAAUGGACAGGUUGCACCAUUGCCAGCUGCUCAGCAUGGACCCUCCACUCAAAACCUCAGCCAUCAUCCCCAGACCUUGAAUAGACAUACUGUUCCUCAGCAGAACUAUAAUAUGCCACACUUGCACAACGUCAGUAAUACAAAUGUUCCUUGGUUCCCUUCGAAUUAUAGCAAUCCAAGUUCUGCAACUGAACAGAAUAAGCUGACGCAUCAGUCAGUUCUACCUCAGUACCAGUCUCUGAAUGAACAUCAUAACAGAAUGCAGAUUGCGCAUCAACCUGCAGCUCAGCCGCAACAAACAGAUCGGUCUGCUCAGAUUCUGCACAAUCAGGCACAGCAGAAAAUUCACAAUAAUCAAGCUCAGAUAACAGGAGGAAAAGGAAAUGGUGCUUUAUAUAACUCUGUUAACCACUUCCCUGCUACUUCACAAAGACUCAUCACUCCAUCCCAGCCUUCAAACUACAGUCAGCAGACUGGUCAGAGCCACGCAAGCUAUAACGGGAAUCACGCUCAGCAUUCAUCACAAAUCCAGCAUCAGCCUUCGCCAUACAGAACAGAGACCAAUUCUUCCGGUUACGGUCAUUUAAAACACAGCGAGAACAAGCAUCAAAAUUUACAGUCACACCCAUCCCCACCAUACCCAGAGCAGAGGAGAAAGCAGAGGAAAAAUCAAAGUUCAGCAUUAAGGUUACCCCAGGACAAUUUCCAGGACCAGACUUCACUCCAACAAUGCAACACUACACUAGAUUCUGGCCAUCAAAGCCAGACAUGCCAUCCUACUGUGUCUGCCAUUCAAGGCAACACAUGGCCACAAGAAUCAAAUGAUGCAAGCGCUGGACUCCCUAGGUCCUCACAAGUUACAAUAUCUUCAGACACUCCUACCAGAGGAGUACCACCACUCAAGCUAAUAAAUUGUCUGGUAGGGAAAUACAAGGCACCUGCUCAAAGGCAUGUCACUAAUCCUCUGCCGUGCCUCAAGGCCAGCUUUACCACCCAGGGGCAAACACCCAGUCACAUUACACCUAAUGCAAGCUACCCUCAGACACCAGAAUCUACCCCAUGCUGUAGUGCACUUGCAACCCUUCACAGUAAAAUACUCCAAAGGAUCAGCAGUAAGCAGACAUCUGUCAAAAGAACAGCCAUCUUAAAAGAGAACGAACAUGCCCUUGGUAAUCAGUUGAAAGCACCACAUGGUCAAAGCUUUGAAGGGAUGCAGAACAGAAGAUUGCAGUUAGACUCGAACAUCGAGAGAAAAGAUGAACAAAACGGCAAUAACUGUCAUGGAGAGGUGCAGUACGGUGAGGAUGUAGCUGAGUCUCUAGAGCUGGUAAGGGCACUGCAGAAAAUGUAUCGACAAUUCCACAAAGCAGUAGCUGUAGUUCCACCCAUUUCUCAGCAGCCCCCCAGUCCAGAAAAAAAUGAUCAUGUCCCCACAAGCGCCGAUGACAGCCUGCCUUUCAAGAUCGAUGCUGUCUGUACUCUUGUUAAGGAGGGCAAGAAUGUGGAGCAAGAGUCAAAUGCACCAAGUCUGCCCAAAGAGACCAUCAAGGAAUUACUGCAGUUGUUUUCAAUACCAGACCCCGAGACACAGGAACCUAACAAACCUGAAGAUGGAUCUACAGUUGACAGCCUAAUACCUGACACUCAAAGCACAGACAUUCCUCAGUCUCAAAUUGACUCUUCCACAUCUCAAGACCCUGUUUGCUCUACUGUCUUGACCUCAAAAAGUGCAGAGGAUCACAACGAAGUCCAAACUGGUCAGUCAAAUGGCAACAUGUUUGAUGUGUCCAAGAUACAAGUGCUUAAUUUUACCCCGAAGAAAUUUAUUGAGUUUGUGAAGAUUUUAGAAAACACAACAGAAGGAAGUGUAAAAGAGCCAGUGGCAGAUGUUAAGAAGUGUCUCUUGGAUCUCUAUUGGGACGGAAGCGUAAUAAACCUUGUUAAACAAAUACAAACAGUCACUGAAGAGAUAUCUGGCUUCUCUACUGAAGUGUCCAUAAAAGAAAUGCAGACAGCAGUUUUUCACUACCUUAAACCUGAACUGUUAAUGAUGCUGGAACAUGGUUACCACAUUCUGAAAGAUGACACAAACUUACCAGCUGAGGACUUUACGUCGUCAUGGUUGAACAUCGAUGGACAGCCUGCUGAUGUAGACAGUGUUCUUUCGGAACCAAUUUUGGACUUUAACUUUACCGAUUAUGCUUUACACGGAAGUUUCAACGCACUUGAUAUUUAUUCCGAGUUUGAACCUUCUACAAAGGUGAUCCCUCCAACAACUGACUGCCAGGAUGACCAGAUGAUUAACAAAGAGCUUGCAAACACACAGGUAUGUGAAAGUAAAUCCACCGAUAAAGUCUCCAGCACACAAGAAGCAUCAAAGAAGCAAGAAGAUGAAAACCUUGAGAAACAUCAGCAGCAAGAUGUAAAUAUGAAUCCUGAAGAAUCUGUAGAUGCAAAUGAAAUAGCAGACACACUGACUGAGAGCGAAACCGAAUGCGAACAAGUCUGCGGAGAUGCAAGUGAGAAUAUCACUUCCUCUGAAAUGGUUGAACAGAGCUAUCUUUCUAAUGAUGAUUCCAGCAAUGACUCCCAAUUAAUUGAACUCUCACUUUUGUCAUCUGAUGAUGCUAGAACCAUUUUUAAGGAAUACUCUGGUUCUGAUUUACAAAAAGAGCCAUGCCAAGAUGAAGCAAAGGGUUCCACCACCUCAGACAAUAAGUCUAAUGAGUUCUGCAAUUCAACCAAUCAAAUCAAAUUUACUUGCCCUCAUGUGACCUACAUCGACUGGAAUGGUGACGAUUUCUGUCCCAGGUGCUGGGAAGAAACUCCUUUGCUGGAUCUAGAUCUGGAAGAAGCUCUGUUCAGCCCAAAGGCGUUUAGUUCUACUCCUAAUAAAGAAGAUCAUCAUAAUCACAGCUGUAGUCCACAAUGUGGAAAGCCAGAUUCAAAUUGUACUGUAUUGUCAGAGGGUAGCAGCAUAGCUGACUCAUCUACUCCAAAGGUAUUUGAAGGGACCAUCUCCGAACCAGACCCUAAUCCAUGUAAUGCAGUAGAAAGCUGUACUCCACUGUCUGGUAAAUCACCAGUUGAAGAACUACAUUCACCCGUGUGCACUGAAAGUGUUAGCUUCACUAUGCCAGUUGAAGAACAAGUCUGUGAGACCAACAGUUCAAAGGGCCCAAAGUUACCCAAGGCUCUGUCGUAUGCACAAAACCUAGUCAUUGCAGAGCAGACCAAAACCCCAAGAGAUGAAGUUUCUCCACCUAAAAGUCUACCAUGCAAAAAGUUCAAGCUAACCAAAACUACAGCAAUACCUCCUGAAGAUGACCUUUUCACUGCUGGUAUUGUGACCACAAAAGCUAGUACCCCAAAACCACAUUCAAAUGAUCUUGAUGUUACUCCAGCUGAAGGUGACCAGAAUUGUAAAGAUGAAAGGAAAGAAAGAGGAGAAGUAAGAAGGUCUCCAAUCAAGCUGAAAAUGAAUGCUCAGUGUACACAAUCUGGUACACCAGACCCAAAUGUGAAUGUAUCCUCAGAGACUAGCAGUGUCUCUUCAAAUCCUUCAACCUAUGGAGUUAAUAUGAGUAUCACAGAACCAGACCCUAAUCUAGGUGAUUCAGUACAGAACUCUAACUCACCAUCUGCUAAAUCACCAGAUAAAGAAGCACAUAGACUAGUAGGUUCAGAGAUCGUCAGGGUCACUUUGUCAGUUGAACAAGUUUGUGAGGCAAAUAUUUGGUCAAGAGCAGAGUUAUCCAAGACUCCCGCACAAAACAUUGAACAGAAAAGGCCAGUCAUUCUGUCACAUACCAAAACAUCUAGAGAAAAAAAUUCUCCACCAAGAUAUCCUCCAUGUAAAAGGGUAAAGGUUACCAAUACUGUAUCAAUACAUGCUGAAGAUGACCUUUUCGCCCCUGAUAUUGUGGUCAAAAAAGCUAGCUCCCCAAUACAACAUCCAAGUGACCCUACUGUUACUCCUGCUAAAAAUAACCAGUAUUGCAAAUAUGAAAGGAAGGAAAGAGGAGAAGAAAGAAAGUCUCCAAUCAUGUUGAAACUUCAACGUAUGCAACAUUCUGGCCCAACCAAAACAGAUUCACAUGGGAAAUGGUACAAGCCAUCUGUUACGUCCCAAAUGCCAAAUGUUACACCUCAGCCGAAAAGUUCAGAUCCAAACAAAGAGGAAGAACUUGGUAAGACAAAACAAACUGGACAGAACAAAGAAAAGCUGAGAUUUUCGCUGUAUGGAUUCAGUAAUGGCAACAGGAACAGAAUCGUCCAUCAAUGCUCCAGGACAAAGUCGUCCACAGCUCCUGCUUACGUCACAAUCUCAAACAGCCUUGAAACUGCACAGAGCUACACGGAUGCACCUUCGGCUAAGCAAAAGGUCUAUAGCCAGUGGAGUAGCACAUUUGUGGAAACAAAAAAGGAUACCUCUUCACAUAAGAAGCAUCAAAAACCUGUGAAAGCAGAUCUGAAAUCCAGGACACCAGCACUCAAAAGACUUGUUCAAGACAGAUUCGCUAUGAAAGAGAAGCAAUCCACAAAGGAUCUGAGGCAUAAACAAAGUGCUGAAGAUUUUAUUGUUGAACAAGAAGCCAAAAGGUCGAAGUGUAACACUGCUGAUGAAAACUUGGACACACAAACUACAAUGGUUCUUAUGUAGUAUGUUCGAAAAUACACUUGUACUAUAUAAUAAAUAACUAUAUAAAUAAUCAUUGCUUAUAAACUCUUUUUAUGGUAAAUCUGUGUCAAAGUGUCAAAUCUGGAUUAUUUCAGUGCUGAAUCCAUACUCUGCUCGUUUCUUUUCUUUCACUAGUAAUUGCUAGUGAAAGAGAAGGCUCUCUCUUUCUAUGUCUUUUUUUUUUAUUUUUAUCUCUUUCCAAUUCCAGUGAUAUAACCUACUUUAACGGUUGUUUUGUUUAGCUGAUAAUAUAUUGUGUUGUCAAUUUAAUUCACCACUUUUUUUUAGUGGUUUUAUGAAUGCUAAAAUAUUGUUUUGCUCUAUGAGCUGGGAGCUUGAUAACUGUGGAACUUUUUUUUUUACCUUUUUAUAUUGUUGAGGUUUUACAAUUUAUUAUUUGUAUUUUUUAUAAUAAAGUUUUGUAUGAAAAUGUU